UAAUGAAAUGGUCAUGAAGAUGUUAAACAUGUGAAGUGAUGAGUCUGUUUUGGUCUGUUUUAUGGUGAUUUGGAUAAAUUAAUUAAAUGAGGUGAAGAGUUGUUUUUUUUGCAACAAAAUUGUGCACUGAUAAAGUCUUGUAAACAUCAAGGGGUGAGAGAUGUAAUAAGACUAAGGAAUUGAAAACUGACGAAAAGGGUGAAACCUACACACACAAGAUCAACGCAUAGGAUACACUGAGAAAGAGUCAAAAUCUCGUAGGCCCACCAUUAAAGAUUUCUUCAACAAAACAUAUAUGAACAGCGUAGACUAAUUUGUACAGUCAAAGCCCUGAAGUCGGUUUGUUGGUGGAUUAUUAUGUCAGUGGGUUCUGAGCGCUUAUUUGUCCAACACAAGCGCUUUAUAGAAAUUCCACUGAGGGAUUUAAGUUUUUUUUUUUUUACCACAAUAAUAACAUGAUUACCGAUUUUUAAUUACAGAGGAAGUGCAGAGAAAAACUUUAGGCCUACCAGAUAUCCAUAAAAAAAUGAAUAAAUAAGUUUCUCUGUGGCACAACCUUCAGAAAAUGUUGUGGACUUUAAUUACAGCUGGACGUAAAAAGAUCCAGUUAGGCAUGUUUCUUCAAGAAGGGAAUACUGAGUCCUAAGUCUCCGCCGAGAAAGGUAGGCAAUGCAUCUUCAAAGCGGACCAUGACCCUACUGUGUUGCGCUUCUAACAACCAUUAACCCUUGCAUUGAUCAUUUGCAGUGAUGGAAUCAUUGUACAGCUUCGAGGUGUGACAACCCCAUUAUAAAAACUGGAGUCCAUACAAUACGACUAAAUUAAAGGAUCUUCACCCAAUAAGCAAAUAAUUUCAAGGGAGUGCAUAAUGUUCUGCCGGACAAAUUGAAUUAUUGAAAACAAUAAUUCCAAAUAUACCGCUUUAAUAGUGCAUUCAAAUUACUUUGAUGAAACUAGUUUCCAACUGCUGCAGAGACCUUCAAAAUGGGAUUUUCGGAUAUUUUGGACGAGAUUGGUGGGUUUGGACGGUUCCAGUGGAUUCACGUCAUAUUAUUGUCCAUUCCUGGUCUACUUAUGCAAAAUCUGCUUAACAACUUCACAGCUGGGAUUCCAGGACACCACUGCGCAAUACCAAACAUCUCCAACCGCACAAAUGAUCAGAAUAUCACUGCGGAACAACUCAGUACAGAUCAACUUCUUCGCGCAUUUAUUCCAGUCGACAAGAGGUCGUCCAAGUUUACAAAAUGCACAAGAUAUGUAGAACCGCAGUGGCAUCUAGCAGGUGUGAACAUCACUGGAACAAAUUUUACUGAGCCUGAGACGGAGACUUGCCUAGAUGGAUGGACUUACCAAAAGACUGAAUUUAUCUCCACAAUAGUUUCAGAGUGGGAUCUGGUUUGCACCCUGCAACCUCUGAAGCAGAUGACUCAGACCAUUUAUAUGGGUGGGGUGCUUUCAGGUGCAAUCAUAUUCGGGGGCCUAUCAGACAAGUUUGGUCGAAGGGCCUUGCUCAUUUGGUCUUAUUUCCAGCUGGCAGUGCUGGGAACAUUCACAACCUUCGCAACCUCCUACGUGGCCUACUGUGUGUUACGGUUCUUGUCAGGCAUGGCAGUGUCUGGGAUCAUCCUCAACGCAGUCUCCCUCAAGGUGGAGUGGAUUCCCACUAAGACACGCACUCUGGUGGGGACACUGUCUUCCUUUUUCUUUACCUUUGGCCAAAUGGUCCUGGCAGGCGUAGCGUACAGUCUGAAGGACUGGCGAAAGCUGCAUGUGGCUGUCUGCUCCCCCUACUUCGUCUUUGCCCUCUACAGCUGGUGGUACUCGGAGUCUGCUCGCUGGUUGGUGCUGAAUGGCAAAUCUGAGGAGGCCAUCAAACAAAUUCACAGAGUGGCCAGAAUUAAUGGCAAGCCGGAAAUGGUGGAAAAGAUCAAUAUGGAGUAUUUGGAAUCCCACAUGCACAAAGAGAUGCAGUCCAGUAAGACCACCCACACUGCAUAUGACUUACUGCGCACCCCUGUGAUGAGAAGAAUAUCAAUAUGCCUUGUUGCUGUCUGGUUUUCCACAAGUUUUGCCUAUUAUGGGUUGGCCAUGGAUUUGCAAAAGUUUGGAAACAUCUACGUGAUGCAGUUGCUAUUUGGAGUUGUGGAUAUCCCUGCCAAGCUGCUGGCUCUGACGAUGCUGAGCUUCCUUGGACGGCGUAUCACCCAGGCCUCUUGCCUCCUCAUCUCUGCUGUACUCAUCUUUGCCAACAUUUUCAUCUCUCAAGAAUUCCAGACGGCUCGGACGGUGUUGGCAGUUCUUGGGAAAGGUUUCACCUCUUCCUCUUUCACCUGUGUCUACCUGUUCACUGGGGAACUGUACCCCACUGUCCUCAGACAGACAGGCAUGGGGUUCACCUCCACCAUGUCCAGGAUAGGUUCCAUGGCGGCCCCCGCUGUUCUGAUUCUGGAUGAGGUGCUGCCUGCCCUGCCCAGCAUCGUCUAUGGAGGGGCUGCCGUGAUUGCUGGAGUUUUUGCCCUCUUCCUACCUGAGACACUCAAUGUUCCUCUACCUGAAACUGUAGACGACGUAGAAGAAAAAUGGUCAAAAAAGCCGCACGUACAGAAACAGAUUGAAAAGGAGAGUGUGGCCCUACAAGACAUGAAAGAGGGAGGAGCAGAAUGUGAAGACGGGAAAACUUCUGGACUUAAUGCUUUAUGAAUACUGGCAUAUGUACAUUAACAUAUUGACUGAUAUAAGUUUAAUGGAAAGGAAUCAGGUGUCCUUCACCCGUAUAGUAAUGUAUAAACGUACCAUUGCCUCUGGAAAAAGAUAGAAAGCAAUUGUUCUUGGAUUAAAAUGUUACAUGGGCUUUACUGGUAAUCUACUCUGCCUUGGUUGUUUUCUAAAUGUUCCAAAGCCUGAACUACAAGGAAGUCAUUUAAUGGGACUAAACUCACCAUUCCUUUUUUAACGUUGGCUUAGAUGAAAUAACUGUAACAGACUGACAGCGUAGAUCACCACUGACAUUUCUCAUCAACCUUUUGUAAACAUUGAUUUUAUGAUUUUUGAAAGCAGUUUAUUAUUAUGUAUGUGUUACGA